CAACAAAGCAUCAAAUGUUCUCUGUGUUGUAAAUUGGGCGCUUCGGCGACUCAUGGAGAUUAGCGGUCGGAGCGUGAACCUUACGUAGAUCGUAGCGUACACGAAUCCGUAGCAUACUUGUUUUCUUUAUGCGUUUGCAACAAGACUACCGUUACCUGUCUUAAGCCAAACGUACUUUGUCGUUCAUCCUCCGGGCUCCCUGCUGCUCGAUUUUCAUCACUCUGAGGCAAGACUGUUGCAUUUCUGUCAGCACCGCCAGCAGACCGUUAAAGAUGCAAGAGAGUAGACCUCCUCCUAACUGUAUACUCCUCCACUGGCACUGGCACGUCCGCUAUGCGACUUGUAAAUUAAACUAAUUCUCCCUCUCUAAGUUUAUUAUAGUUUGCUGCGCUAACUCUCGUCUGCUGCGUUACCCUAGUCUUCCUUUACUGGGUUGUACACAGUCCUCUCCGAGUCCUGUCGAUGAUGAAGCCAAAGCACGCAAUGGCGAAAUCGAGACGCGGCUUAAACACGACUUUAUCCUGGCGAAAAACAAGAUCGAUGUGCUUGUGCAAAGCAUUGAAGACUCUGGAAAUUUGUCUCUUUACCCUGACAUUACAGUAUAACGCCUCGGCAGUGCGUCGACCGUCAUGAUCCUGCUAACGAUGCUUGUUUUCAAGUCGAACUUAUUUGAACAAAUGAAAGUCAUCCAUCGCGGUGGAUUUAGUGAACAGGAGCGAAACUCCUACAAGGAGGUCGUCUUUAGCAAGACCCUGCAAUCUAUGCGUGCCGUUCUCGAGGUGAUGGAUCGUGUAAAGAUCCAAGUUGCCUCUGAAAACCUCGCGAGACGGUCGAUUAUCCUCAAUCUACCGCCCAAACUUCAGGGCGGUGUUUUAGCAGGAGAAUUCGCUGAUACUCUGCGGAAGUUAUCGAAGGAUCCGGCCGUGAAGGACGUAGUCUCCCAUUCGCGUAAUUUCCAACUCGACAAAUCGGCGACUUACUAUCUUAAUUCGCUGGAUCGCAUCAUGGCAUCGGGAUACGUUCCAACAGACCGAGAUAUUUUGCAGUUACAAGUAAAAGCAACCUCAAGUGGCAUAACGGAGACAAUACUCAAUGUGGGCGAGAUGAGUUACAAGUUACUUGGUGUAGCAAGUCAGCGUUUCACGCAACGGAGAAAGUGGAUACAUUGUUUCGAGAAUGUGACGGCGGUAAUGUUCGUGGUCUCGUUGAGCAAGUAUGAUGAAACGGUGUAUGUUAAUAAGAGCGUUAACCAUCUGCAGGCAUCUUUGACCAUGUUCGAAUCGAUAUGCAAUGAGCGGUGGUUUACCAAGACGUCAAUUAUCCUCCUUCUCAAUGACAUUGACAAGUUUGCGGAGAAACUACCCAAUUCACCUUUGGGUGACUAUUUUCCAGACUGUACUGGUGGGAACGACUACGAUGCAGCGUGUGCAUACCUCCUCAACCGGUUCGUAUCGCUCAAUCAGAACACGAAAAGGCAGAUCUAUGCACAUUAUACUUGUGCGACGGAUAUGCAGCAGGUCAAAUUUGUCCUGAGUGCCAUUCAGGACAUCUUGUUGCGGUUAUACAUGGACGUUGUAGGGCUCAGCCCAGAGGAUUCAGGGAAUUUGAGUGUCGACGUUGAUCUUUUUAGCACGAUCUCGUUCACAGGGACUCAGGCAGCGACACAAGGGAUAUAUCGUAAUAUCGAGAAAAUCGAAGAAGGGGACUAGUGACUCAGCCGUUCAUAAGGCCCAAUUUCAAACGAGUAUGAUAUAGCCACGGAGUUCCCGACUUCCCGUUAUCCGACUGUCGGUCCCGAACGGUCUGGGAUCGCAACUUGAAACUUGGCUAGUAAUGCUGAGUUCGGGUACGGACUUGUCGAACGUAGACUUGGAAGACCAUACUGCUCACCCAAGUCGGGUCGCGCUCUUAGGUCCGUCUUGAUGACAGCCAUUUUGUAAUUUAUCAUGAUUUCCUCUAUUCGAACUGUCUACAUAGAGUGUAUAGUAUGCACGAUGGAUCAUUGCCUAUUCAAACCCUCUCAUUCUUUUUCAAUGUUUUCGCUUGACCCUUGGGACUCAUGCAUUCCUCAUCUUCUUGCGCUAUAUUCACGGUUCUUCGUUUUCGCAGCACUUACCGCAUGCAGCUUCAUGGUUCUACUUGACUGACCCCUCACACCGGUUCAAGCGAAGUUUGCUCCUUUGUCGUCGAUUCUAUGAUGUCCUUAUCUAACGCUUUAUCACAACUAGCCACUUCAUUGUCUUUCGGCAUGCAAGAAUACAUUCUGGUCACACUGUGGGAGAACCGUCGAAAAGAGAAAUAAGACAGCUAUAAUGGAUGCAGACAGGCUCGUGGGCUAUAGACAGUGAAGCCAGUCAUUAGGUCGUCCACCUUUUCCCAAAUAAUUAACAUAGUCGAAAUCGUAAAGGUUGAAGUUUUGAAGUUGCAGCGCCAGCUUGGAAACAUCCUCGAAAGCGGGACCUCUGUUAACAGACUGUAUGUACUCGAGUAGGUACCGGUGUGAUAGUCGGUUUGGCAGCGAGCAGGAAAACAUCCUUAGAAAAGAAACACAAGUUCACUUG